CCGCCCGGCUGCGCGGCGCUCUGGACAGGUAAAGCCGGACCCCGGGCGCGCGCGGGGCCGCACAGCUGCCACCCGACCUCGCCUCGGCCCUGCGUAGAGCCUCGCGCGCCCAUGGCCGGCUCCGAGCAGCAGCGGCCGCGACGGCGGGACGAAGGAGACUCGGCCGCGGCGGCCGCGGAGCCCCUGCAGGACGCCGAGCUGGCACUGGCCGGCAUCAACAUGCUGCUCAACAACGGCUUUAGGGAGUCCGACCAGCUUUUCAAACAAUACAGAAAUCAUAGCCCGUUAAUGAGCUUCGGAGCCAGUUUCGUCAGUUUUCUGAAUGCCAUGAUGACAUUUGAGGAAGAAAAGAUGCAGUUGGCAUGUGAUGACUUAAAAACCACAGAAAAGCUGUGUGAGAGUGAGGAGGCUGGAGUAAUCGAAACAAUCAAGAAUAAAAUUAAGAAGAAUGUUGAUGUCCGAAAAUCCACCCCGUCCAUGGUUGAUCGACUUCAGAGGCAGAUAAUCAUAGCCGACUGUCAAGUUUACCUGGCAGUGCUCUCGUUCGUAAAACAAGAAUUGUCAGCAUAUAUCAAAGGUGGGUGGAUCCUUAGGAAAGCCUGGAAGAUUUAUAAUAAAUGCUACCUGGACAUCAAUGCCCUCCAGGAACUGUAUCAGAAGAAGCUAACGGAAGAACCCUUGCCUUCUGACGCUGCAAAUGAUAAUCACAUUGUGACUGAAGGGGUGUCUGAGGAGUCUCUAAACAGACUGAAAGGUGCUGUUAGCUUUGGAUAUGGCCUUUUUCACCUUUGCAUAUCCAUGGUGCCCCCCAACCUGCUCAAAAUCAUCAACCUGCUGGGUUUUCCUGGAGACCGCCUGCAGGGGCUUUCUUCACUGAUGUAUGCAAGCGAAAGUAAGGACAUGAAGGCCCCUUUAGCUACAUUAGCUCUGCUCUGGUAUCACACUGUUGUCCGCCCGUUUUUUGCCCUGGAUGGCAGUGAUAACAAAGCAGGCCUGGAUGAAGCGAAGGAGAUUCUUCUCAGAAAAGAAGCUGCUUAUCCGAACUCCUCCCUCUUUAUGUUUUUCAAGGGACGCAUACAACGAUUAGAGUGUCGAAUCAACAGUGCCUUGACUUCCUUCCACACUGCUCUGGAACUCGCGGUGGAUCAGAGAGAAAUCCAGCACGUCUGCCUGUACGAAAUCGGUUGGUGCAGCAUGAUAGAGCUGAAUUUCAAGGAUGCGUUUGAUUCCUUUGAGAGGCUAAAAAAUGAGUCCAGGUGGUCUCAGUGCUAUUACGCCUAUUUAACUGCAGUUUGUCAGGGGGCCACUGGUGAUGAGGAUGGAGCACAGCUUGUCUUUAAGGAAGUUCAGAAACUCUUCAAAAGGAAAAACAAUCAGAUUGAGCAGUUCUCAGUGAAAAAGGCAGACCGGUUCCGGAAGCAGGCGCCGCCGCGGGCGCUGUGCGUGCUGGCCGCCAUCGAAGUGCUGUACCUGUGGAAGGCCCUGCCCAACUGUUCCCUGCCCAACCUGCAGCGGAUGAGUCAAGCUUGCCAUGAAGUGGAUGAUUCAUCUGUCAUCGGAUUAAAGUAUUUGCUCCUUGGUGCCAUACACAAAUGUCUGGGAAACUCAGAAGAUGCUGUUCAGUUCUUUCAGCGAGCGGUUAAAGAUGAGUUGUGUCGUCAGAAUAAUUUGUAUGUUCAGCCGUAUGCUUGCUAUGAACUUGGCUGCCUUCUCUUAGACAAACCAGAGACUGUAGCAAGAGGCAGAACUCUACUUCUUCAAGCAAAGGAGGACUACUCCGGCUACGACUUUGAAAACAGAUUGCAUGUGCGCAUCCAUGCUGCUCUGGCCUCUCUGCGGGAACUGGUCCCUCAGUGACAGGCCCGGAGUUCCCGCUCAGUCUCUCACCUGGGGUCUGCACUUUAAAAUAAAAGCAGAGGACACAGCUCAAGUGCAGAUCGGCUUUUCUUCUGAAAACCACCUGUGCCAGGGACACAUUUUCCCAGUUAGGCUGACAUAGUAAAGAUCUAGCUCAAAAGUAAUAAUGAUGAUAAUAGUAAUAUAACUAACAACCUGGGGAGCGGGUUAAGUGACCUUGUUCAAACAUUUUAGUUUUGUGAUUUAUUAUUUUUAAAAUAAAAUCAAGCUAAAUAUUCAACCUGUGAUCUUGUAGGAACGCCUACCGUAAGCACACACCUGUCCAGGUAACACUGAGGUACCUGUAAAAUUAUUGACAAUAUCAUGACAUAGCAUUUAUAUUGUGUUUUGAAAAAUAAAGUGCUUUCUAGUGUUUUA